GGAUAAUAAGCGGCGGCGGCAGAUGAACGACUUGAACGACGGGGUUGUCGGCCUGGCACCGGAUGAUGAUGUGGGCUAUCCGGACACGCUCAACGGCCUCGACGGCGGCUUCAAGGAGGACGACCAGGACGACCACCAUGAGAGCGCCCACGAGGCGUCGCUCAAGGCCGCCCGCGGCAAGCAGGCCAAGGGCAAGGGCCUGCCCAUGACGGCUGGGUCCGCGGUCGCCAACAUGCCACCUCCGCCGACCCAGAAGCGCAAGCGCGUCGUCGUGUCGCUGUACCAGAAGCAGCAAGUGCUGCAUCGCCUUGAGAAUGGCGAAAAGCCCGUCGACAUUGCCGCGCUGCUUGGCAUCUCUCGCCAGCAGAUCUCGGACAUCAAGAAGAACAAGGAGCGCAUCAUGCGCUUCUGCGGCGACGCCAAGCACCUUGCGUCGCUGCGCCGAAAGACGCUCAAGGUCUCGGACGACGAAGCCUUCCCGGCCGUCGAGCGCGAGCUGUACCGAUGGAUGAUCACGGAGAAGUGCCACGCCAAGCCCGUGACUCACGAGGCGCUGCACCAAAAGGCGGCCGAACUCCUCGCGCAAGUGACGGGCAACCUCAUGAAGACGGACGACCAAGGUGGCUGGCCCGGCGUCUCGCCGGCAUGGAUGAAGAGCUUCAAGAAGCGGUACGGCAUCAAGGAGCUGGGCGGCCCGAUGCCCACGUACGACGUCGAGGAAGGGGCGAUCAACAUGGGCAUGCCCCUCGAGUCGAACGAAGAACUCAACCUCAACCUCAUGAACAACGUGCACGCGAACCUGCAUACGCUCGGCGAGAUGGGGAUCUCGAUGGAGACGGACAACUUGACGGCCGCGUACAACCAGGCGGCCGCGGCUGCCGCCGCCAAGGACGGCGUGGCCAAGCUCUCGAUGCCGAUCCACCCAAGCAUGCUCCUCGAGACCAUCCACAUGCUGAACGGCCGCAUGGACGCCCUCGAACAGAUGACCCGCGAGCGCAUUGCGCAGCUCGACGCGCGCAUCGACGAUAUUUACAUGGUCGUGCACCCCAAGCUGAAGCUCGGGAAGGACGCCAACCGCAAUGCGUACAAGGUCGUCUAAGCGCACUCGAUGUCCUAGCGUCAGAGUCUUCUAUCGCAGUAUAUAUAUACAUUAAACUACUCUCGUCCGA